AUGAAUGCGCCAGGCUCCAUGAGAAGGCCGGGUGGCACCCGUGGCACCAAGCUCAAGCCGCCCAAAAAGAUCGGUCUUGAUGUUUCCAUCGAAGACAUGUGGCUCAGGCUCGUUCAUGCCAUCUCCCAGAUCCAGAACCACAACAUCUCCAAGCUCAGCUACGAGGAGCACUACCGAUAUGCUUACAACCUCGUUCUCUACCAGCAGGGCGAUAUGCUCUACCAUGGCGUCAAGAAGCAGGUCCAGCAGCAUCUCGACAAGCUCUGUCGCGAAAAGAUCAUCCCUGCUUUCCCGCCAGGCGGAGCUGCCUCUGUCUCUGCGGGUAUUAUCUUGCCUGAAUCGCUUCUCCACCAUUCUCAGGCAUCAUCAUCGUCGUCGUCGUCGUCGGCAUCCUCACAUCGCACUAACGCCGAUGCACCUUCUAACAGUGCAAACAAGGGCAAAGGAAAAGCAACCUCCUUCGAUCCAGACUCUUUUGCAGACGGCCCAGACACUGCUACAGAUGCCACUUCGACGUCCAACUCUGCGGCUGUCACUGCCGCUGCUUCCAUGUCUGCUACCCAGGCCGGCGAUCGUGCCGAUGCUGUAGCACGCAUACAAGCCGGUGAAAGACUCAUGACCGCAAUCCGCGAUACGUGGCUCGACCAUCGCAGCUGCAUGUCCAAGCUCUCCGAGGUGCUCAAGUACGUCGACCGAGUCUACGUCGAAAACAACAAAGUCCCCUCCAUCAACCGUCUCGGCCUUGAAAUCUUCCGCGACUCGGUGAUUCGCUCGUCCAAAUACCCCAUCCAGAUCUACCUAUAUAGCACACUCCUCACCCACAUCCAGAUCGAGCGAGAAGGUUCAGCCAUCAGCCGCUCUCUCGUCAAGUCCAACAUCGAUAUGCUGUCCGACCUUACCCAGCACAAGCCGGGCACCCCUCUCAACCAAGACCCUUCCGUCUACUCGACCGACUUCGAACCUGCUUUCCUCCAAACUUCGGCCGCCUUUUACGCUGCCGAGGCAGAUCGGUGGCUCGAUGCUGGAGACGCCGCCAAGUAUCUCGCCCAUGUGGCAAGGAGGCUCCAGGAAGAGGCCGACCGUGUCUCGGUCUACCUCAAACCAGAAACGCACAAGUCGCUGCAGCAACUGCUCGAAAAGAACUUCCUCGCAAAGCACCAAUCGACCAUCAUCAACAUGCCCGGCUCGGGCCUCGUCACUAUGCUCGAUGAUGGUCGCAAAGAGGAUCUCGGGCGACUCUACACACUCUUCAACAAGGUCAACGGCGGUCCUCAGACGCUGCGCCUCGGUCUCAAAAGCUACAUUGCCACCAAGGGCAAACUCAUCAACGACGCCGUCACCAGUCAGACCGCCCAACAGCAAGCGCCAUCUACCGACGCACCUGGCGAUGAUGCCUCCUCGGCGGCUUUGAAAGGCAAAGCCAAGGACAAGGCAGGCGCCGAUGCUGCAGACGCUUCUACACCGCAAGCUGCGACUGCCAUCCGAUGGGUCGAAGACGUGCUCGAAUUCAAGAACAAAUUCGACUCGAUCCUUGACACCGCCUUCAUCAAGGACACUGGAUGCGAGACGGCCAUCAACGAAGCCUUCGAGUCCUUCAUCAACUCCAACAAGCGAGCGCCCGAGUUCAUCUCGCUCUUCAUCGACGAAAACCUCAAGAAGGGCCUCAAGGGGAAAACCGAAGCCGAGGUGGAAGACAUUCUGCGCAAGACCAUCUCGGUCUUCCGCUUCCUGCACGAAAAGGACACGUUCGAGCGAUACUACAAGCAGCACCUCGCCAAGCGGCUGUUGCAGGGCCGCAGUGUGUCGGACGAUGCCGAGCGUGGCAUGAUGGCCAAGCUCAAGAUCGAGAGCGGCCAUGGCUAUGUGGCCAAGCUGCAGGGCAUGCUCAACGACAUGAAGACAAGCGACGAGACGAUGGACGACUUCAAUCGGACCAUCAAGAAUUCGCAUCGCGCCAUGCCGUUUGCGCUGUCGGUCAAUGUGCUGACAAGCACCAACUGGCCGAUCUCGGCGCAGGCGCCGAGCUGCACCAUGCCCGAGUCGCUCAUGGAAGCGAGGCGGCGUUACGAGGAGUUUUACCAGUCCAAACACAAUGGGCGCGUGUUGACAUGGCAUGCGAAUCUGGGCAACGCCGACGUGCGCGUCGCGUUUAGGGCGAGGACGCACGAGAUCAACUUGUCGACGUUUGCGCUUGUGGUACUGCUGCUGUUCGACGAGGACGGGGUGGAGACGCUGUCUUAUGGCGAGAUUGCGCGCGCGACGAACAUCCCGGAGCUGGAUUUGCAGCGGACGCUGCAGAGUUUGGCGUGUGCCAAGUUCCGGGUGCUGGUCAAGACGCCCAAGGGGCGCGAGGUGGGCAAGGACGACACGUUCAGCUUCAAUGCGGCGUUUACGUGUCCGUUGGCACGGUUCAAGAUCCAGCAGAUUGCGGCACGCGUCGAGACGGCCAAGGAGCGCAAGGCAACGAACGAGAAGGUCGAGGAGGAGCGCAGCUUCCUGGUCGAGGCGUGCAUCGUGCGCAUCAUGAAGAACCGCAAACAGCUCAGCCACAACGAGCUGGUCCAGGAGACCAUCAGCCAGUUGACGAGCAGGUUCCAGCCCAACUUGGUCAUGAUCAAGAAGCGCAUCGAGAGCCUCAUCGAGAGAGAGUACCUCGAGCGCAAGCAGGACGAGCGCAAUGUGUAUUGUUAUUUAGCCUAG